GAUUCUGGAUUUACUUCUGCUCUCUCAUGUGAAUCACAAGCAUCUCUGCUAGCUACAUUCACAAGAGUACAUACAACACGCCAGCUACUCCACCGUGUUCAGGACGUUACUCGUAACCUCAUGCACUUACCUACAGAUUUGUUCGGCUCGUCGGCCGACACUUCCGACAUUAUGACGGACUUUCUUCUGCCUGGAGAGCGGGCUCUCCAUGAGGCUCUAAGCGAACAUCCAGGUGAGUUAGUGCGAACUGGGAGCCCUAGUUUGUUAUGUUCUUCGCUUCCCUCACAUUGGCGAUCCAAUAAAACUCUACCCGUAUCUUUCAAAGUGGUAGCCCUGGCCGAUGUAUCCGACGGAACGGUGGUAACCCUACGGGCAGGAAAUGACGAGAACUUUUGUGCCGAACUUCGGAACUCUUCAGCAAUUAUGAAAAACCACGUGGCUAAAUUUAAUGACCUGCGGUUUGUCGGCAGAAGUGGACGAGGAAAAAGUCUAACCAUAACGAUUACGUUGAGCACCAGUCCCCCGCAGGUGGCAUCUUACACAAAAGCGAUUAAAGUGACAGUUGAUGGGCCUCGAGAACCUCGAAGUAAGACACGACAACAACAGCGUCGGGCCUUCGCUACUUCUUUUAGCCAGUGGCCCACUUUUCUUGACCCCCUUCGAGAGUGGGAACACUUACGGCGCAAAGCUACUGAACAAUGGACAUUAGAGUUUCCGCGAAGAAUGCCAGGAGCACCAGGCGCUCCCACAGCUUUACAUCUGGCUGACCCUGAACAUCAUUGGAAUCCGUAUGCUUUGCCUUAUCCAUCGUAUCUUACGUCAUCGUCCUCGAUGCAGAGAUCCAUCUUCCCAGUGCCAUAUGUGAACAACGUAUCAGAUGAAGCAUUGCCAGGAAACCCUCACCAUUCUUCCAAUUCAAUACCGUUAACCACAGGUCUCAUUGAACGUGCAGGAGGAGGAUCUUUUGUUGCUUCAAACGAUCAGAAUAGUGGCCUUGCGCUAAAAAGAGACUCGAUAUUACGAUCUGGAUUCAAUAACACUAUGUCUGCAACAACAACUGAUUUUUAUUUAUCGAAUAGACUGUCCGAACUGCGACAAGGAUUAGGUGAGAUUAACAGCACAGGUAUGAACUACCAGACAAACAACAGUGGUGCGUCUUGCCUGUCGGUCAGCCAUAGAGGAUAUGGGCUUUUGGCAUCUCAUAGUUCUUAUAACAACGGAAAUGGUAUCGCAACCGCUACUGCUGGGAUGUAUCUGAGCUCUCCAGUUGUUUCACCGUCCCUUCUUUAUCCCCAGCUUUAUUCCAACGUCUCACAAUCUCAGAUUCACCCAUCUCUACAUCUAUUAGGCAACGAGCUCAAGUCGGCUGUUGAUAUAACUCUCGCCACUCAACAGCAGUAUCACAACGAGAAACUGGUCGCCAGUUUAACCAAUCUAGAAGGUUCUCGAACCCACAGUGGCUCUAUUGACAGUAUGAUGCAUUCUGAGAACAGCAGUGGUGAAAACAAGCAGAGAACUCGUAUCACUAGAGCAGAAAGAGGAAAUGCCCUUUUUGGUGUUACUUAUGAACCUAAUGAUCUCACAUUAUGGAGACCGUACUGAAGUAAUUCAAUGGCAUAUAUAUAUCUAUAAAUUAAUCUGUUGUAAAAAAUAGUUCCCUGAUUGUUCGUCGGAAAGCUUCGAGGCUUAUAAGGCUAAAAUUCGGAAUUUGAUCCUCGCAAUGGACACAGCGCAAAUAACCUAUCAUGUAGCUUUGUGCUAAAAAUAAUGAACAUCAUGAACGUUGAACAUUCCGUUGCAAGUCGCUUCACCUUUGUCUUCAUCAGUUUAAGUUAAAUUUAUGUUGAAUAAGCUCGUUUCCAAUAAAUAUAUGCCAUUUGUGAGAAUACACAUCACUGUCUAUUUCCAAUAAUAAUCAAACCAACAGGCAAGUAAAAUAAACAAGUUCAGUUAUUUUUACCUUAUAGAUUUCUCCUGUGACCAUCACGCUACGUAAUCUGAAACAUUCUAUAGCUCCAUUUGUGUGUGUGUUAUUUCAUAGAAGUACAUGAUUUAGUGGUAGUUUCUUCAAGGAAUGCUAAUUGUAUAUAAAUAUACAAGUUACGUUGACUAACAUCGUGGGUUUUAUAUGAUUUUAUUGUUUAUUAAAAUUGAUGUGUGCAUAGAUAUUUAGAACCUUACAUGUCCA